AAAAAAGAUGGAAAACUAAAUGUCAAAUCAACGCGUGCUGUUUUACUAAUUUGUCAAAAAUAAAAGAUCAAAUAAUUUCCUAAAAGUAAAAAUAAAUUUUGAAAUAAAAUGUCUACAAGCCGGGAUUACGCGGAACUGCGAAAUGAUGAAAAAUUCAUAAAAUGUGUUGAGAAUUUCGACAAUUCCAUGGAUAAAAUUGAAGCUUCUAUACUGACGGCCGUGGGUUUAAAAGAUUUUGAAGAAUUAUCUACAGAGGAAAAAGUUAAAUUGGACAACUAUUUGGCUUAUUCCAUUAAUUCAUUGUAUUGGAUGUAUGUUAAGCUACAAGGACAAGAUCCAAAUGAGCACGGAAUCAAAAAUGAACUAUCCCGCGUGAGACAAACGAUUUUACGCGACAAACAAAUAUAUGAAAGGAAUACCAUUAGACCUGUUUUAGAUAAGGCUGCUGCUGGACGUUUCAUUAAACAUGGUAUACACACACGUUUUGAUAAAGAUGAAGAAAGAAUACAAAACGAGAAUUAAAAAUUUAUUAUAUAUAAAAAAAUAUAAGUGUUUAAGUAAGAACUUUUUAUAACAAGUUAUAAUUAAUAAAUAAUAAUCAUUAAGAAAAAUUAAUU